AUGUCGUUGUUUAUGGGCAUAAACUUCAUGUUAAUAUUUAUAGCAAACGACUAUGCUGAUGCAUUUCCUCGAAACAAGAUUGAAAAGAGUUACGCAAAUGCAAAACAUUUACGUGAAUUUACUGAUCAAUUACAAAGAAAUGAUAACACACAAUUAUCAUCCAAUACUAUUUCAUUCCCAAUCAGACGUCUUGUACUACUUCUCGCGGGUUCAUUUAAUCCAGUGACAAUUGGUCAUUUACGUAUGCCUGAAAUAGCUCGUGAUUAUUACUGUCUACAUUCAAUACAACUUCUUGAAGUAAUUAUAUCUCCUGUCAAUGAGUUUUACAAUAAAACUAGUUUAACUCCAGCAACUCAUCGUAUUGAAAUGCUUCGAGCAGCUAUUUAUAAUGAUAAUAAAUGGCUUUCUGUUGAUACUUGGGAAGCUGAACAACCAUUCUGGACACCAGUAAAUCUAGCACUUGAUCAUCACUAUAAAAUUAUUAAACAAAAAUAUGGUGAAGAUACUGAACUUCGUUUAUUAGCAGGCAGUGAUCUUGUACAAGAAAUGUUGAAUCCAACAAAGUGGUCACCAAAAGUUAUUAAUUAUAUAAUGAGAACUUAUGGUGUUACUUGUAUAACUCGUUUAAGUGAUACAGAAGUUAAUAGAGGUGAUUCUAUAAUAGAAUAUAUUACAAAAGAAAUGCCUAAUCAAUGGAAACAACAUGUUGAAUUUAUAGUAGAUACAAUGACUAAUGACAUAUCAUCGACAAAGGUACGAGCACAAUUAGCAGAGGGUUACAGUGUUAAAUACAUUGUACCUGAUGCUGCCAUUGCAAUUAUUUAUUACUAUGGAUUAUAUAACUCAACGGCACCUAUAUCUUUAUUUACUUGA